UCCAGUGGCGAGCAUCAGGCCAGUAUCUGCAGCUGGAGACUGAGAGGAGCGCACCACCACUUGGGUCAUCUCAGCGACUUGAUCUAUUGAUGUCGCGCUGCACUGAUCCACACUAUAACUAGAGGAAUGGUGGACAUUUUUAUAAUAAAAGGAAAAUAGCUGUGCUGUUAAAAUACUGACAUACCCGUGCGUUAUUUUAGUUCGAGGAUUCACAUCCGUGCGCACUGAAGUGGCCAUGGCGCGUUUUACGCACUGCAGAUAACCAGUCUUUUUGGGGCUCAAACAAACAGAAAGAUGGAUUAAAACAACAAGUAGUUUACCCUUUACUUCGGGAGAGCUCGGGUCAAGCAAAUGGCUGCACUUCGGAGAAAAUUUGGCGAGGACUACCAAGUGGUAAAUACAAACCGGGCAACCACUUUUUCUGCGCCGGUGAAGAAGAAACGCCAGCGCUUCGUGGAGAAGAAUGGUCGCUGCAAUGUGCAGCACGGGAACCUCGGCGGAGAGACGAGCAGAUACCUCUCCGACCUUUUCACCACUUUGGUGGACCUUAAGUGGCGAUGGAACCUGCUCAUCUUUAUCCUAACUUAUACGAUCGCAUGGUUGGUCAUGGCAUCUAUGUGGUGGAUCAUCGCCUACAUCAGAGGAGACCUAAAUCAUGGCCACGACUCGUCCUAUACUCCCUGCGUGGCCAAUGUUUACAACUUCCCCUCAGCUUUCCUAUUUUUCAUCGAAACCGAGGCAACGAUCGGCUACGGCUACCGGUACAUCACAGAGAAGUGCCCGGAGGGGAUCAUUCUCUUCCUGUUCCAGUCGCUUCUGGGCUCCAUAGUAGACGCCUUUCUCAUCGGCUGCAUGUUCAUAAAAAUGUCCCAGCCCAAGAAGCGCGCAGAGACGCUCAUGUUCAGCCAGGACGCAGUGAUUUCUCAGCGAGACGGGAAACUGUGCCUCAUGUUCCGUGUGGGAAACCUGCGCAACAGCCACAUGGUGUCCGCUCAAAUCAGGUGCAAACUCAUAAAGUCUCGUCAGACUCCUGAGGGAGAGUUCCUGCCUCUGGACCAGUGUGAAUUGGAUGUUGGUUUUGGGACGGGCGCAGACCAGCUCUUCUUGGUCUCCCCUCUCACCAUCUGCCAUGAAAUCAAUCCCAAGAGUCCCUUUUUCGACCUGUCCCAGCGCUCUCUCAUGAAUGAGCAGUUUGAGAUUGUAGUUAUCCUGGAGGGCAUUGUGGAGACCACAGGUAUGACAUGCCAGGCACGGACGUCCUAUACUGAGGAUGAGGUUUUAUGGGGCCAUCGUUUCCUGCCUGUCAUGUCUCUGGAGGAGGGCUUUUUCAGGGUGGAUUACUCCCAGUUCCACAGCACAUUCGAGGUGCCCACCCCACCAUGCAGUGUCAAGGAGCAUGAAGAGAAGACUUCACUGCCCUCCCCGUUAUCAACCCCCACCCCUGCGCUUGGCGAGAGCCGUGGAGUGCGCCGAGACCGUGUGUUUUCUGUGGAUUGCAUCAACACUUCAGAGGAAGGGGGCCGCCAUGGGGGAGCUGGAGGUCGACUGCCCAGCAAGCUGCAGAGGAUGAGCUCUUCGGGGAAGGAGGAUCUGCAGAGGAAAGUGCUGCUGCUCAGCUCCCAGCACUCUGAGAAGGCUUGCAGCACGGGAGACCUGCCCCUCAAGCUUCAGCGCCUCAGCUCCUCUCCUGGCCCUGAGGCAGAGACCCGGCUGCAGCUCAAGGCCCUCAAGGUGGGCUUUGAACCCAUGACCCAAUCGACUGGAGAUCUGUACCAGCACAGCCUGCCGCCGACCCCGGCCCCUGCCCCCGUCCCCAUACACAGUCCUCUGCUGUCAGCUGGAAGGAGGCCAGAGGACAACCUGCCGCCGAAGCUGCGGCGGAUGAACGCUGACCGCUGAGACUCAGACAUUCCCAGAUAGACACUGACCACACGCUGACCACACUCCCACUGCCCUCUGACCACAGACAAACAGGAGGUGACAUGAAUGGAAACACAUGCAGAAGUGUACUUUACUAUGGGAGACCACAACAGGAAAAGACUGAUGGUUUAUUGACAAUUUAUUGAUUUUUUCUUUCUUUUUUUUUUUUGGAGACAACAUUUACUGAAAUUACUGUGAUUUUUUGUGUUAAAUAGCAAAGACAUUCAUACAGGCUUUGUGGCACACAACUACACACACACACACUCAAAUGUCAUCCUCUACUCAAACUUGCAUCAAGACCGACCACAAACAAUCAUUCUGAAACACCCGUGCAUGUAUACACCAAAUUCAUUUGUAUGCACCACUGCACUUCAUAGUUCUUAGAUUUAACUAAAUAUAAAUUAUAUGAACAUGAUAAUAAAUGCUGUCUGAU